AUGGGCAAGCGAGAGGACAACGAUUCCACCAACCUCCCGCUCGUGAAAGUGGGUCGGUUCGGGCGCGUGACGGUGGCGGAGCAGGGCGCGGAGGACCGCGACGCGGCGGCGUACAAGCGGCUGAUGGCGCUCAUGAAGGAGGAGGCGCGGCCCAUCGGGUACCUGCACGGCCGGGGAG